AUGGCCUUACCGUUCGGUACCGCAGGACACCCUGGGCCAUGGAUUAGUCAAAGACCUCCCAUCCAACCCCAAAAUUGCCAAAAUGGCAAGCUAAUAGCACCUCAGGCAGUCCCAAGUGCAGAACCGGUUUUUACCAUAGCAAAAUGGCACAGGGCCACCGUUGGGUCAAGCCACCAUGCUGGACAGAAGCUCUCUAAUGGAUGGUAUAUCAGAAUGGCAAAGCACAAACCCAAAUCUACCCCUCUGGUUUUAUCGGUCACCAUACAAAAGGAUAUCAAUAUGAGCACAUCGCGAUCAUCCUUCUCUAAAAAAGAUAAGUGGAAUAAAGGUGCUAGCAGACGACGGUACCGACACUACACAGACCCAGCUCGUGCAGCCCAGUUCCUGCCGCAGCUUCUGAGACCCGGUCCACGUACACAAACCUUGCCGAUCCUACCUCCUUCAAGAAUGCAUCUCGCCAAACCCAGCUUCAAAAUCUCGAGCAAAAACCAACCCAAGGGACAACAGCCUAACGGUAGGUCUUGUGCUGCCGAACCAGCACGAAUGAACCAACCUCACAGUCCCAAGCCAGCUUCCAUACAAUUCGGUGCUUGA